UGCAUGAUACAUUAUUAUACUGGUGCUGGUUGUUAGUCAAAAACUACCAUCUGAUGUAAGCCAUAUAUACUUCAUAUUCAGUCGAAAUAACAACACACAGCCUUGGGCCAGUGGAUUAAAAUAACUCCAGGAAUUGUAGUUUAAUCUUUUAGCCUAAUGUCGGACGAAGAAAGACAACGGCUUGUUAACAAUAGUGAUCACCGUUCGAUGGAUUGUGAUGAGAGGCCAGUAGAUCAAGAACCUACACCCAACGGUGAAUCUAGCGAAGGUGAACAGCUCCAAUUUGAAGACGUCCCCGUUUACACAACAUGUCCUUUUUGUAUGGAAAAAAUUGUCACAAGGACGCACUUUAAAAGUGGCAAGUAUACAUACUGGACUUCUGUUUGCCUUUGUAUUUUUCAAUGUUACUGCUGUAUGUGGAUACCAUUUAUUCUCGAUGGAUUAAAGAAUGUAGUUCACACUUGUCCAAAAUGCGGUGAAAAGCUCGCUGAAUAUAGYCGUCUAAGAAUGGACCGUAUAUGGAAAAAGAAAAAGAAACAUAGACAAGCACAGCACCAAUUCAGUACAUCUCAAUCCCAGCGAUAGUUUUACUUUGGAAAUAWGGUGAUCUUUAUAUCAUAARGUUACGGGGAAUUYAUUUUUUGCUUCGGAAAGAAGGCUACACACAUUAAAAAGGACUUUGGGAAAUAACACCAGGAUUCCUGGAAAACUAAUAAAGGACACUGUCAGUAGCCGCCAGAAUGUUCGGGGAUUAAAUGGACGAAGACUGUGGUACACUAUGCAGACCAUCUGCACGCAUGGAAGUUGACCACAACCGCAAAGAAUCAUUGGUUAUUAAACGAGCCACGGCCGCAAAGACUACCUGGGAAUAAAAUGCACUACGACCGCAAAGAAUGUGUGGUAAUUGAUGGAGCUACGACCGCAAAGACUAUCUGUGAACUAAAUGAGCUACCACCGCAAAUAAUACUUUUUGGAAUUAGAUGAGGCACGACCGCAAAGAUUCUCUGGGAGCAAAAUUAAAUACGCUCGCAAAGAAUCAAUGGUAAUUAAAUGAGUCAAUGGUAAUAUACAUGUAAAGGAGGUACGACCGUAAAGACUUUCUGUGAACUAAAUGAACUAUAACCGCAGAGAAUGUUUGGGAAUUGCAUGAGGCACGACCGCAAAGACUCUCUGGGAGCUAAAUUAAAUACGCUCGCAAAGAAUCAAUGGUAAUUAAAAGAGUCACGCGACCGUAAUACUGUCUUGGAACUAAAUGAACUAAAACCGCAAAGGGAGUUAAAUGCAAAUGAAAAAACAUAAAUAUUAUGAAACAAAACGCAUGAGAUUUCACCAUUCCUUCUCAAAAACUAACUUUAAAUCACGACGGUCUCAUAUAAAUCAUUUGUAAUUGCUACAGUUUAUUGUAAUAAGUAAAUGGUAAGCUUUGCAUCAGCCCGCKCACAUCGUGCGAAACGCAUAGGCUAUGAACAAUUGUGCUUAUUAACAACUACAUUUUACCAGAGCUGGAGUUGUUUUCUGAAACCCGUGCAACAGAGUCUACUUAUUAAAUCAAUAGACUUCUGAACCGUUAACGUCACUACUUGAUUAAUUUUUCAAUGCAUUGUGGGAUCAGCUAUAAGAGAAAACAAAAGAAAUCCACCAUGUUUUGUCCCAAACAUAUCCUACAAUACAUUAUGUAUACGGUACAUAACGUCAAAGCUUCAGAGGUCUAUUAAACCGCAAAUACGCUAAAGUGUACUGAUUUCACUGAUUACAGUGGUUCUCAAAACCCGURACAUUCGAGCCUGCUUCACAUUAUUACUCGACUUUAGUUGUCCACGUUAUUCUUUGUCCUUUUGGUCCAUCAAACUUUAUUACAUUUUGAUUGUUAAAGUUUGUUUCACGGGUUUUUGAAAUCCACUCAACUAACACUGUUUUUAGUAUGUAAAUACAAAUGCCAAAUAGGACUACCUUUAGAAAAAUUGAGAAUCUAUGAAUUCAUAAUYACUUUUUUUUGCGUUGCAAUCGAUUUCGUGUUGUCGCUCUACACAACACUGAUGCAACUCAGUAAAAAAAUAAUGAAAGGGACCCCUUUUAAGCGGGCAUUUUUUUCUACUCAACAACCGGACUAUCCGGCAAUCUGACUUACUAUAAACAAAGCGACCACUGUUCUAACUGUCGAGUAGGACAGGAGUUUUGGUUUGUCUUUUUUCCCUAUUAAAAACAAGCAAUGUUUUCUGCGCAUAAUAGUCAGCCAGCAACAUGCUAAGAAAUACUGCAAUAUACUUGUUAUUUUACCUAAAAUACUUAUCAUUCCACAGACAUGUUAAUAAAAGUUAAGUUAAACGAAA